AUGACAACCCACAAUUUCUUCGCAAGCUUACUAGCAGCAGCUCUCCUGCUGAGCCCCUCGGCUUGUCUUCCUGCUCCACCGCAAGGCUCAGACCCGGGACAGUACAGUAGAAGUGGAGCUACUUCCGGAAGCAGCGGAGCCGAUUCCCCGGGUCCUCCAGGAGCAAGCGGAUCCCUUCGCGGCCCUGCCGCCCUUCGAGGUUUCAAUCCGUCAAGCCCACUCUCAUUGCAGUCUACCGUCAUACCUCCAGAAGAUUUUGAGCUUGGCCCAGGGCAGUCGCUGGAUCCAAAGCUUGGUGUCUAUAUUGAUCUCUCCAAGGUGAAGAACCCUCAGCCCAUCCGCGGGGGUACCACAGCCUCAACAGAUCCUGGUCCACGAACGGAGGCCUAUGAUAGGCUCAACUCGGAUAUCUUUGCUCCCCCUGGAACCGACAGCGGAGAUGUUCCCAAUGCGAAGUGGCCGCUGGGACUAUCACACAAUCGUCUCGGUCUGAAGAGCUCGGGAUGGGCGCGUCAACAGAACGUCAAUCAAAUGCCAGUCGCAAAAGCCAUGGCUGGUGUUGACAUGAGACUCGAGCCUAAUGCUUACAGAGAACUCCACUGGCACAAGCAGAAUGAAUGGGCCCUGGUUCUGAAUGGCAGUGUUCGGAUUGCUUCCAUGGAACAGAACGGGCAGAGUUUCAUCGACGAUCUGCAAGAAGGAGACGUAUGGUUCUUCCCCGCUGGGGAACCACACUCGAUCCAAGCGCUUGCGAACGGGUGUGAGUUCCUCUUGAUUUUCGAUGACGGCACUUUCUCCGAAGACAACACUUUCCUCGUCAGCGAGCUGUUCGAGCGCAACCCCUUGGAGGUCCUCGCGAAGAACUUCCGCACCAACGUGGACGCCUUCAAAAACCUCCCCAAGGGCGAGCUCUACAUCUUCCCCGGUACGCCCGCGCCAGCCAACAUCAGCGAGCAGAACAGCACCGGCCCCGCUGGCAGCAUUCCCAUGGAGCAGUCUUACAGCUACCACCUCAGCAAGCAGGAGCCUUACCGUGUCCCAGGCGGUACAGUGAAAAUCAUCGAUCCGAAGAGCUUCCCCAUCGCCAAGAACUUCGCCGCUGCCCUCUUCACCGUCGAGCCCGGAGCGAUGCGGGAAUUGCACUGGCACACCACAAGCGACGAAUGGACCUACUUCAUCUCCGGCCAGGGCCGCGUCACCGUCUAUGAUGCGCCCGAGGCGAGUGCCACCUUUGACUUUUCUGCCGGCGACGUCGGCUACGUACCCGUACCUUUCAGUCACUACAUUGAGAACACGGGGACGGAACCACUGGUGUACUUGGAGGUUCUACUGGCUGAUGCUUACCAAGACGUGAGUGUUGCGCAGUGGCUGGGCUUGACACCAGCGCAGGUUGUUAAAGAUCACUUGGGCGUGGAUGAUGAGUUCAUCGCGAAGCUGCCGAAGACGAAGCAGUUCAUACUUCCUGGGAACAAGGACUUGUUGGAAACGGACUUCUCAGGUGAGCAGCUGUAG